AUGGGCCAUAUGUCGCGGGUACACGCACCUCCUAUCGGAAUAUUAAAGCCGUUCAAAGUAUGCUCAAGUACUUUGAACGGCUUUAUCCGUCAAGAUACUAUCUUAUUGGUUGGUUUCGAAAUUGGUGCUGCUGGCACCAUCCAUUCCGCGUCCACCUUACAGCUUUCAUGA